AUGGCACUGUGGAAGUUUAUGGUUUAUGAACAUUGUGAACUCGAAGGCCUCUGCAUCAGCUGCUAUGUGCCUGUCCAUUUCAGAAACUUGUGGUUUUAUAGGGUCACUUUUUGUUUAUUCAGGUACCUUAUACCAUUGUUGCUCCAAUAUGAUUCGACGGCGGAGGAAUCAGAUAAGAGAGAUGCACAUGGUGUUGGAAUUAGCGUUCAAAUAGCAAAAAACAUACAUGCUGUAAAAGCAUCUCAUGCCUUGUCAAGGCUUAGUGGUUUGGUUGACGAGGAGAUCCCGACACCCUACAAUCAGGCUGCAGCUGAUGCCCUUAGAGCUUUACUAACCCCUAAACUUGCAAGCAUGCUGAAAAAUAAAUUAGCAAAAGACCUCCUAUUCACAUUAAACUCAAACUUGGAGUCCCCUGAGAUAAUCUGGAAUUCCUCCACCUGAGUAGAACUUUUGAAAUUUGUGGAAGAGCAGCGUGCAAGCCUUAGUCAUCAUGGUUCGUAUGACCUUAAAGAUUCGCAUUCCUUUGUUUAUGAAGCAUUAUCUAAGGAGCUCUAUAUUGGCAACGUAUACUUGAGAGUCUAUAAUGAUCAACCAGAUUUUGAAAUUACUAAGCCUGAGGACUUCUGC